AUCUUAAUUAAAUUCUAAGAUAAUUUCUUUCUUUAUUGCAUCGUUCACAAAUACCAUUUCUUUACCCAUACUUAUUACACCUGAAAUUAGCUCAAGACCUUAACAUCCAUGGAGGACCCGGCGGCGUCGGCGGCUGCUGCGACGAAGCUGAGCAUCUACAAAGCAGCGAGGACAAUAAAGCGGAGAGAGAACACGCUCUACAACGCCUUGAGAUCCAUCUACGAUGACUCCAUCUUCGUGGGUGAGAUCUCCCAGCUAUGGCCCGACCUCCCUCUCCUCGCCAACCUCCGCUGUGGCCUCUGGUAUUCUCCCAACUUCCACUCCACCUGUUACUUCAAAUCCACCGACGGUCACGCCAACAACUGGUCCUUCAGUACCUCACGCCUCAACCUCCACGUAGCUCAACUCGCCGGACAGAAGGGAGGGUGCAUUAUAGUUGAUUCCACUAGAAGAGGGAAACGGUUUCCGGACAGCAUGUCAAAGACCAUACCCAUUUGGACUUGUGUUUUGAAUCGGUCCAUUCGCAAUUAUUUGAACAAGAUGCUUGAUAGUACGGCGCCAGUGGACCGGAAGUCAACUAUUUCUGAUCAAGAUGAUGACAGUAACUCUCUUGAAUGGGAUUCCUCGCUACACCUUCCCCUCUGGGUUUCUGAAACAGAGAAGGCUAAUAUUGAGGGUCGCUUAGAAGAAUGGACUAAACAACUAGAUGCUAGUGGUGCUGAUAUUGCCUCUCUAGCAUUGUGCUUGAAAAAACCCCUGCGUCCUCUAUGGAUUUCGCAAAAAUCUGUCAUCUGGUUAAAUGAAGUGCCUGAUCAUGAUUCAUGGGAUUUCACACCCAUCAUACUUCUUUCUGCCUCUUCCUCAAACGGAAUAAUUCAACACAGGUCUAUCUCAGAGUUUAGCUGGAAUUAUAUAGCUGGAGCAGGAGACGAUGAAGAAAGCUGGGCAAGAGGUUUAUCACCUAAUCUUUUCUGGGGUCAUGCCUAUGAUCUUAUAAUUGCAGGGCCUGAUUUGUGUAAUCAGAAGGUGGCAGAUAUAGUUGAAAAGGAUAGAGUUUAUCGUUCACAAAGGGGACAAAAUGCUCCUCAGGUCACAGUCAAGGCUUCAAAGAGCUUAGUUCAUCUUUCACAAGGAGACGUUCCACAAUCGUUGGAUAUUCCAAACAUUGAAAUUGAUAAGAAGUCUUAUGAUGAAGAUUGUGGAAUUUCCUGGUUGGGUUCAGCAAAUCUUGCAGUUGGCAGAUCCCAACUUGCUUCAAAGAUAUCUAAUGUUGAUUGCAUAUUGAAUUGUGACCAAGAGUCUAUCUUUCUCUGCCUUCCCGAUUCUGAAGCACAUUUGCAUCUUCCUAUGGUGACGUCAAAAUUGGACCGAUUUUCCUUAUUAAGCAAUCUUCCUUCUGCGGUAAACUUUGCAAAGUUGAAACUUAGUAAAGGGAAGACACUUCUCGUUUGUUGCAAUAAUGGGGAAGAUAUAAGUGUGUGCGUUUGUCUUGCUAUCUUGACAUCAUUAUUCAGUGAGGAAGGAACAUUUGACGAUGGGAUAUCGUUCAAGGAGACACGGAUUACUAAAUGGGAUUUGCGACGCCGACUUGUAUAUCUAUGUAAAUUUGUAACAAAUGCUCGGCCAUCGAGAGGCAAUCUGAAGCAAGUUUUUGGUUUUCUAAAUGGUGGAAGCAUCGGUACUUCAGUUUGAUGACAUGCCGACGGAAAAGGAUGCAUGUUUCAAUGCCUCUCCAAAGCUUACAGAAUUUGUAGACCAUUUAUUUAUGAAAAUAUUUUCUGAAAACUUGCAACUGGCAGCAUUCCAUGUAUAAGAGCUUCGAGCGCAAACUGUACCCGAGUCUCUCCCCGUUUGGAUUCAGAGUUGAGUUGAAAUGAGUUGA